ACGCGGGUCGGGCGGAGCCAGCGGCGGCUUGGAGGCUGUCUCCGCACGCCGCGGGAGCCAGGCGGCCGGGCCUCUGCGCGUCAGGUCCUCCUCUCCGCGGAGUGACGAGGACGGCUGGCGGCUGUGGCGGCGCGGGCUGGGACCCCGAGCUAGGCCGAGCCGGCGCGGCGGGCGUUGGCGCGGCCGCCGGACCUGGGCCUGCGCGGACCGUCGGCGGCGCGCGUCUCGGGCUGUCUUUCCAUUUCUAAGUCUGACAACUGGGAGGAAACUGGAGGAAAGAUGCCUUCUGAUUCUUUCUGUUUGGCUGCCCAGGAUCGACUUGACUCCAAAUGGUUGAAAACAGAUAUACAGCUUGCAUUCACAAGAGAUGGGCUCUGUGGUCUGUGGAAUGAAAUGGUUAAAGAUGGUGAAAUUGUAUAUAUUGGGACAGAAUUAACCCAGAAUGGAGAUCUUCUACCUAGAAAAGAUGAUGGUGUUGAUACUCAGAGUGGAACAAAGAAAGAAGAUGUGAAUGACAAGGAGAAAAAGGAUGAUGAAGAAGCUCCUGCACCUGCGUACAGGGCCAAAGCGAUUCUAGAGAGCUGGGUGUGGGGCAAGCAGCCAGAUGUGCGUGAGCUGAAGGAAUGUCUGUCUGUGUUGGUGAAAGAGCAGCACACUCUGGCCAUGCAGUCAGCAGCCAGCACCCUCUCCGCCCUGAGACUCAAGCAGAGGCUGGCCAUCUUGGAGCGCUACUUCAUCGCCUUGAAUAGAACUGUUUUCCAGGAGAACGUCAAAGUGAAAUGGAAAAGUAGCAGCGUUUCUUUGCCCCCUGUGGACAAAAAAAGUUCCCGUCCCUCUGGCAAAGGGGUGGAAGGCCUUGCGAGAGUUGGAUCCCGGGCAGCCCUGUCUUUUGCCUUUGCAUUCCUGCGCCGGGCCUGGCGGUCAGGGGAGGACGCGGACCUGUGCAGCGAGCUGCUGCAGGAGUCCCUGGACGCGCUGCGAGCUCUGCCCGAGGCCUCGCUCUUCGAUGACGGCGCGGUGUCCGCGGUGUGGCUGGAGGUGGUGGAGAGAGCCGCCAGGUUCCUCAGGGCCGUUGUCACUGGGGAUGUGCAUGGGACGCCGGGGACCAAAGGGCCGGGAGGCAUCCCCCUGCAGGACCAGCGUCUGGCCCUGGCUAUCCUCUUAGAGCUGGCCGUGCAGAGAGGCACGCUGAGCCAAAUGUUAUCUGCCGUCCUGUUGCUGCUUCAGCUGUGGGACAGUGGGGCCCAGGAGGCAGACAAUGAGCGGUCUGCCCAGGGCACCAGUGCCCCCCUCCUCCCUCUGCUGCAUCGAUUUCAGAGCAUGAGCUGCGGGAAAGAUGCCCCUCACACCGAGGUUGACCCUCACCUUCUCUCCGGCCCCCUGAGCCCCAACGAGAGUUUCCUGAGGUACCUCACUCUUCCUGAAGACAGUGAGCUUGCCAUUGACUUGCGGCAGACUGCGGUGGUUGUCAUGGCCCACCUGGACCGCCUGGCUACCCCCUGCAUGCCGCCACUGUGCAGCUCACCCACGUCCCACAAGGGCUCAUUGCAGGAGGUCAUAGGAUGGGGGCUCAUAGGGUGGAAGUACUAUGCCAACGUGAUUGGCCCAGUCCAGUGUGAAGGCCUUGCUAGCCUGGGGGUCACGCAGAUCGCCUGUGCUGAGAAGCGCUUCCUGAUCCUGUCGAGGACUGGCCGUGUGUACACACAGGCCUACAACAGUGACACGCUGGCCCCACAGCUGGUCCAGGGUCUUGCCUCCAGAAACAUUGUCAAAAUUGCUGCCCAUUCUGAUGGUCACCACUACCUGGCCUUGGCAGCCACCGGAGAGGUGUACUCUUGGGGCUGCGGGGACGGCGGACGACUGGGCCACGGGGACACCGUGCCUCUGGAAGAGCCCAAGGUGAUCUCCGCCUUCUCAGGGAAGCAGGCUGGGAAGCACGUGGUGCACAUCGCGUGUGGGAGUACCUACAGCGCGGCCAUCACUGCUGAGGGCGAGCUGUACACCUGGGGCCGGGGCAACUACGGCCGCCUGGGCCAUGGUUCCAGUGAGGACGAGGCCGUUCCGAUGCUGGUGGCUGGCCUCAAAGGGCUGAAAGUCAUUGAUGUGGCGUGCGGGAGUGGGGAUGCCCAGACCCUGGCCGUGACUGAGAACGGUCAAGUGUGGUCUUGGGGAGAUGGCGACUAUGGGAAAUUGGGCAGAGGUGGUAGUGAUGGCUGCAAAACGCCAAAGCUGAUUGAAAAGCUUCAGGACUUGGAUGUCAUCAAAGUUCGAUGUGGAAGUCAGUUUUCUGUGGCUUUGACAAAAGAUGGCCAAGUGUAUUCAUGGGGGAAAGGUGACAACCAGAGACUUGGGCAUGGGACAGAGGAGCACGUCCGUUACCCCAAACUCCUGGAGGGCCUUCAAGGCAAGAAGGUGAUUGAUGUGGCUGCAGGCUCCACCCACUGCCUGGCUCUGACUGAGGACAGCGAGGUCCACAGCUGGGGGAGCAACGACCAGUGCCAGCACUUCGACACCUUGCAUGUGACCAAGCCCGAGCCUGCUGCGUUGCCAGGGCUGGAUACCAAACACAUAGUUGGGAUUGCCUGCGGACCUGCCCAGAGUUUUGCCUGGUCAUCUUGUUCUGAGUGGUCCAUUGGCCUCCGGGUCCCAUUUGUGGUGGACAUCUGCUCAAUGACUUUUGAGCAGCUGGACCUCCUCCUGCGUCAAGUGAGUGAGGGGAUGGAUGGCACCGCUGACUGGCCCCCACCCCAAGAGAAAGAGUGCGUGGCCGUGGCAACGCUGAGUCUUCUUCGACUUCAGUUGCAUGCUGCCAUUAGUCACCAGGUUGACCCAGAGUUCCUUGGUUUAGGUCUGGGCAGCGUCCUCCUCAACAGUCUGAAGCAGACGGUUGUGGCCCUGGCCAGCAGUGCGGGCGUGCUGGGUACUGUGCAGAUGGCUGCCCAGGCCGUGCUGCAGAGUGGGUGGUCCGUGCUGCUUCCCACCGCAGAGGAGCGGGCCCGUGCGUUGUCUGCUCUCCUGCCCUGCGCAGUUUCAGGCAAUGAAGUCAACAUAAGCCCUGGUCGUCGAUUCAUGGUUGAUCUUCUGGUAGGCAGCCUGAUGGCUGAUGGAGGCUUAGAGUCGGCCUUGAAUGCAGCCAUUACUGCCGAAAUUCAGGACAUUGAAGCCAAAAAAGAAGCACAGAAAGAAAAAGAGAUUGAUGAACAGGAAGCAGAUGCCUCGGCAUUCCAUAGAAGUAGGACUCCACUGGAUAAAGAUCUCAUCAACACGGGGAUCUAUGAAUCUUCUGGAAAACAGUGUUUGCCUCUGGUGCAGCUUAUACAACAGCUUCUUCGAAACAUUGCUUCUCAGACGGUAGCCAGGUUGAAAGACGUUGCCCGUCGGAUUUCGUCACGUCAGGACUUAGAGCAACAUGGCCGAGACAGCUCAGCCUCACUGGAUUUGCUGCUGCGUUUUCAGCGUCUGCUCAUCAGUAAACUUUAUCCAGGAGAAAGCCCGGGGCAAACCUCAGAGAGCUGUAGCCCUGAGCUGAUGGGGGUCGGCUCUUUGCUGAAGAAGUAUACGGCCCUUCUGUGCACGCAUAUCGGGGACACACUGCCCGUGGCCACCAGCAUCGCCUCCACCAGCUGGCGGCACUUUGCAGAGGUUGCCUGCAUCGUGGAAGGGGACUUCACUGGUGUUCUUCUUCCAGAACUAGUAGUUUCUAUAGUGCUUCUGCUCAGUAAAAAUGCUGGUCUCAUGCAGGAGGCUGGAGCUGUCCCUCUGCUGGGUGGCCUGUUGGCACAUCUGGAUCGCUUUAACCACCUGGCACCAGGAAAGGAACGUGACGACCACGAAGAGCUAGCCUGGCCCGGCAUAAUGGUUACCAUCUGCUUUCCUGACCAGGAAGUCGUCACUGUACCAGAUCUGGGGAGUCUGUCUUCACCUCUAAUGGACACAGAGAGGAAUCUGGGCCUGCUGCUCGGAUUGCAUGCUUCCUACUUGGCUAUGAGCACACCGCUAUCUCCGGUGGAGGUUGAAUGUGCCAAGUGGCUACAGUCGUCCAUCUUCUCUGGAGGCCUGCAGACCAGCCAGAUCCACUACAGCUAUAACGAGGAGAAGGACGAAGACCACUGCAGCUCUCCUGGGGGCACGCCUGCCAGCAAGUCCCGUCUCUGCCCCCACAGGCGUGCCCUGGGCGACCACUCCCAGGCCUUCCUGCAGGCCCUCGCUGACAAUGACACCCAGGACCACACCGUGAAGGACUUCCUGUGUCAGAUAGAAAGGUACUGUAAGCAGUGCCACCUGACCACACCCAUCACGUUUCCUGCUGAGCACCCUGUGGAAGAGGUGGGCCGCCUGCUGUUCUGCUGCCUCUUAAAGCAUGAAGACCUAGGUCAUGUGGCACUGUCUUUAGUCCACGCCAGUGCACUGGGUAUUGAGCACGUGAAGCACAGAGCGUUGCCUAAGUCUGUGGUGGAUGUUUGUAGAGUGGUCUACCAAGCGAAAUGCUCACUCAUUAAAACACACCAAGAACAGGGCCGUUCCUACAAGGAGGUCUGUGCUCCAGUCAUCGAACGUUUGCGAUUCCUCUUUAAUGAGCUGAGACCAGCAGUUUGUAAUGACCUCUCUAUCAUGUCCAAAUUUAAACUGUUAAAUUCUUUGCCCCGUUGGAGGAGGAUAGCUCAGAAGAUAAUUCGAGAACGAAGGAAAAAGAGAGUUCCUAAGAAGCCAGAAUCUACUGCUGAUGAAGAAAAAAUUGGGAAUGAAGAGAGUGAUUUGGAAGAAGCUUGCAUUUUGCCUCACAGCCCUGUAAAUGUGGACAAAAGACCCGUGACAAUCAAAUCACCCAAGGAUAAAUGGCAGCCCCUGCUGAGCACAGUCACAGGGGUUCACAGGUACAAGUGGUUGAAGCAGAAUGUCCAGGGUCUUUAUCCGCAGUCCGCACUCCUCAGCACAAUUGCUGACUUCGCCCUUAAAGAAGAGCCGGUGGACGUGGAGAAGAUGAGGAAGUGCCUGCUGAAACAGUUGGAGAGAGCAGAGGUCCGCCUGGAAGGGAUAGACACAAUAUUAAAACUGGCGACGAGAAACUCCUUACUCCCAUCUGUGCAGUACGCUAUGUUCUGUGGAUGGCAGAGACUCAUUCCGCAGGGGAUUGACAUAGGGGAACCCCUUACAGAUUGCUUGAAGGAUGUUGAUUUGAUCCCACCUUUCAAUCGGAUGCUGCUGGAAGUAACAUUUGGCAAGCUGUAUGCUUGGGCUGUUCAGAAUAUUAGAAAUAUUUUGAUGGAUGCAAAUGCCAAAUUUAAAGAGCUUGGUAUCCAGCCCGUCCCCCUGCAAACCAUUACCAACGAGAACCCUUCAGGACCAAGCCUGGGGACUACCCCGCAAGCUCGCUUUCUCCUGGUGAUGCUCAGCAUGCUCACCCUGCAGCACGGGGCACGCACCUUGACCUUGCUGCUGAACUCUGGCACACUGGCCCUCGCACAGACAGCACUGCGGCUCAUCGGCCCUAGUAGUGAUAAUGUUGAAGAAGACAUGAGCGCUUCUUCCCGAGGAGCGUCCGCUACAGUUCUGGAAGAGACUAGGAAGGAGACAACCCCUGUGCAGCUCCCGGGGUCCGGGCCUGAGCUGGCCGCCAUGAUGAAGAUUGGAACCAGGGUCAUGAGGGGUGUGGACUGGAAGUGGGGUGAUCAGGACGGACCUCCGCCUGGCCUCGGCCGUGUGAUUGGCGAACUGGGAGAGGAUGGGUGGAUCAGGGUCCAGUGGGACACGGGCAGCACCAACUCCUACAGGAUGGGGAAAGAGGGGAAGUACGACCUCAAGCUUGUGGAACUGCCGGCCUCCACACAGCCCUCGGCAGAGGACUCGGACACGGAGGACGAUUCUGAAGCCGAACAAAUUGAAAGGAACAUUCACCCCACUGCAAUGAUGCUUACCAGCACUGUUACCUUACUACAAACCCUGUGUCUCUCUGCUGGGGUCCAUGCUGAAGUCAUGCCGAGCGAUGCCACCAAGACUCUGUGUGGGCUGCUGCGCAUGCUGGUGGAAAGUGGGACGACAGAUAAGACAUCUUCUCCAGACCGGCAGGUGCGCCGCGAGCAGCACCGAGGCUGGUGCUCGCUGGGCUUCGUGCGCAGCAUCGCACUUACACCGCGCAUGUGCGCUGCGCUCAGCUCCCCACGGUGGAUUGCCCUGCUCAUGGCGGUGGUGGAAGGACCCGCGCCGUGCACAGCUGCCGCGCUGCAGCGGCAGAUCCUGGCGCUGCACCUGCUGCGGGCCGUGCUGCCAUCGUGGGACCAGGCGGACAGGGCGAGGGACAUGGAGGGCCUCGUGCAACAGCUGUUUGGCUUCCUGGGCGGCCUGCUCACCACCUGCUCCUCUGACGCGCCUCUCCUCCGAGACCCGGCAGCAAGGCGGCAGGCCCGGCCGCAGGCAUCCCUGACGGCCACGCACAGCAGCACGCUGGCAGAGGAGGCGGUGGCGCUGCUGCGUGCGCUGCACCGGCUGGGCCAGUGGCGCGGCCUCGUGAGCGCGCACAUCAAUGCACGGCUGCGUGCUGCCGCUCGCGGAACAGAACCGUCUGGGACCCUGGCGGACGACCGCGUGCCCGACUCUGAGGACCCAGACGUAGGCGGCCUCAUGGCGGUCCUGGCCGUGAUCGGGGGCAUUGAUGGCCGCCUGCGCCUGGGCGGCCAGGUCACCCACGAUGAGUUCGGAGAGGGUACCGUGACCCGCAUCACCCCAAAGGGCAGAAUCACCGUGCAGUUCUCGGACAUGCGGACGAGUCGCAUUUGCCCGUUGAAUCAGCUGAAACCACUUCCUGCUGUGCCUUUCAGCAUCACCAACUUGCCCUUCACAGAGCCCAUGCUCUCAGUCUGGGCUCAGUUGGUCAACCUCGCUGGAAGCAAAUUGGAAAAGCACAAAAUAAAGAAAUCAGCUAAACCGGGUUUUGCAGGACAGGUAGACCUGGACCUGCUGAGGUGCCAGCAGCUAAAGCUGUACAUCCUGAAGGCAGGCCGCGCACUACUGUCGCACCAGGACCAGCUCAGGCAGAUCCUGUCUCAGCCAGCGGUGCAGGAGGCCACAGCUGCUCACACAGAUGAUGGAGCAGCUACAUCCCCUGACCUGGGGGACAUGUCUCCUGAGGGGCCGCAGCCCCCCAUGAUCCUCCUGCAGCAGUUGCUGGCCUCGGCUACCCAGCCGUCUCCAGUCAAGGCCAUAUUUGACAAACAGGAGCUUGAGGCUGCCGCUCUAGCCGUGUGUCAGUGUCUGGCUGUGGAGUCCACCCGCCCGUCGAGCCCCGCCUUUGAAGACUGCGGCUGUAGUGAGGCCAUGGCGCCUGCGCCUGCGCAGCAUGUGCGCCCCUUCCGAGCAAAGAAGCGCAGGCAGCCGCCCACCCCUGCCCAGCCGGUGGUGGCUCAGCUCAUGGAAAUGGGGUUUCCCAGGAGGAGCAUCGAGUCUGCGCUGACGUCGCUCACUGGUGCCUCUGGGAAUGCUGCUGGCUUGCCAGGCGUGGAGGCCUUGGUGGGGUGGCUGCUGGACCACGCUGAUGUGCAAGUCACAGAUCUCUCGGACGCAGACACAGGGUCUGAGGAGUGUUCCGAUGAGGACAUGGUGGAGGACGUGGACGACAUGGCCUACGCUGUGUCUACUGGUGCUGUUGUAACAGAGAGCCAGACUUACAAAAAACGAGCUGAUUUCUUGAGUAAUGAUGAUUACGCCGUGUACGUGAGAGAGAACGUUCAGGUGGGAAUGAUGGUGAGAUGCUGCCGAACGUAUGAAGAAGUGUGUGAAGGAGACGUGGGCAAAGUGAUCAAACUGGAUAGAGAUGGAUUACAUGACCUCAACGUGCAGUGCGACUGGCAGCAGAAAGGAGGUACUUACUGGGUCAGGUACAUUCACGUGGAACUUAUAGGCUACCCUCCACCGAGUUCUCCUUCUCACAUCAAGAUUGGUGAUAAAGUUCGCGUCAAAGCCUCAGUUACCACCCCAAAAUACAAGUGGGGGUCCGUGACUCAUCAGAGCGUGGGGGUUGUGAAAGCUUUCAGUGCCAAUGGGAAAGAUGUCAUCGUCGACUUCCCUCAGCAGUCCCACUGGACUGGGCUGCUGGCAGAGAUGGAGCUGGUGCCUAGUGUCCAUCCUGGCGUCACGUGCGAUGGCUGUCAGAUGUUUCCUAUCAACGGGUCUAGAUUCAAAUGCAGAAACUGUGAUGACUUUGACUUUUGUGAAACAUGUUUCAAGACCAGAAAACACAACAGCAGGCAUACGUUUGGCAGGAUCAAUGAGCCAGGACAGUCUGCCAUCUUUUGUGGCCGUUCUGGAAAACAGCUGAAGCGCUGUCACAGCAGUCAGCCUGGGAUGCUGCUGGACAGCUGGUCCCGGAUGGUGAAGAACCUGAAUGUGUCGUCCUCCGUGAACCAGGCUUCUCGGCUCAUUGACGGCAGUGAGCCCUGUUGGCAGUCGUCUGGCUCCCAGGGGAAGCAUUGGAUUCGCUUGGAGAUGUUCCCAGAUGUCCUUGUUUAUAGAUUAAAAAUGAUAGUUGACCCUGCUGACAGCAGCUACAUGCCGUCCCUGGUCGUGGUGUCAGGUGGAAAUUCCCUAAAUAACUUAAUCGAACUAAAGACAAUCAAUAUUAACCCCACUGAUACCACGGUGCCGCUUCUGAACGACUGCACAGAGUACCAUAGGUUCGUUGAAAUUGCGAUAAAGCAGUGCCGGAGCUCGGGGAUUGACUGUAAAAUCCAUGGUCUCGUCCUUCUGGGACGGAUCCGUGCUGAGGAGGAGGACGUGGCUGCCGUUCCUUUUUUAGCUUCUGACAACGAAGAGGAGGAAGACGAGAAAGGCAGCAAUGGGAGCCUUAUUAGAAAGAAGGCUGCGGGGCUGGAGUCGGCGGCCAGCAUAAGAACCAAAGUGUUUGUGUGGGGACUGAACGACAAGGACCAGCUGGGCGGGCUGAAAGGCUCUAAGAUAAAGGUUCCUUCGUUCUCUGAGACACUGUCUACUCUGAAUGCAGUACAGGUGGCUGGUGGUUCCAAAAGUUUGUUUGCAGUGACCGUGGAAGGGAAGGUGUACGCCUGUGGGGAAGCCACGAACGGCCGGCUGGGUCUGGGCAUGGCCAGCGGGACGGUGCCCAUCCCUCGGCAGAUCACAGCGCUCAGCAGCUAUGUGGUCAAGAAGGUGGCCGUCCACUCAGGCGGCCGGCACGCGACGGCGCUGACUGUGGACGGCAAAGUGUUCUCCUGGGGUGAAGGUGAUGAUGGCAAGCUCGGCCACUUCAGUAGAAUGAAUUGUGACAAACCCCGGCUGAUCGAGGCCCUGAAAACCAAGCGGAUCCGGGACAUCGCCUGUGGGAGCUCACACAGCGCAGCCCUCACGUCCAGUGGGGAGCUCUACACCUGGGGCCUUGGAGAGUAUGGCCGGCUGGGCCACGGGGACAAUACGACACAGCUGAAGCCCAAAAUGGUGAAAGUCCUUGUCGGUCACCGAGUGAUCCAGGUUGCGUGUGGGAGUAGAGACGCCCAGACUCUGGCCCUGACUGAUGAAGGUUUGGUGUUUUCCUGGGGUGAUGGCGACUUUGGGAAAUUGGGCCGGGGAGGAAGUGAAGGCUGCAACGUCCCUCAGAACAUCGAGAGGCUGAACGGCCAGGGGGUGUGUCAGAUUGAGUGUGGUGCUCAGUUCUCUUUGGCACUCACCAAGUCGGGAGUGGUGUGGACGUGGGGGAAGGGGGAUUACUUCCGGCUGGGCCACGGCUCCGAUGUGCACGUACGGAAGCCGCAGGUGGUGGAAGGACUGCGAGGGAAGAAGAUUGUACACGUGGCCGUCGGGGCCCUGCACUGCCUGGCAGUCACAGACACAGGGCAGGUAUACGCUUGGGGUGACAAUGACCAUGGCCAACAGGGCAAUGGCACGACCACGGUUAAUAGAAAGCCCACACUCGUGCAAGGCUUAGAAGGCCAGAAGAUCACGCGAGUGGCUUGCGGGUCUUCACACAGUGUGGCGUGGACGACUGUUGAUGUGGCGACGCCCUCUGCCCACGAGCCUGUGCUCUUCCAGACCGCGAGAGACCCGUUAGGCGCAUCCUACCUGGGUGUGCCUUCAGAUGCCGACUCUUCUGCUGCCAGUAAUAAAAUUAGUGGUGCAGGUGGUUUCAAGCCAAACCGCCCUUCUCUUGCCAAGAUCCUCUUGUCACUGGAUGGAAACCUGGCCAAGCAGCAGGCCUUGUCCCACAUCCUCACUGCUCUGCAGAUCAUGUACGCCAGGGAUGCCGUUGUUGGGGCCCUGAUGCCGGCUGGCAUGAUUGCGCCUGUGGAGUGCCCCUCCUUGUCCUCAGCAGCCCCUGCUGAUGCCUCCGCCACGACCAGUCCUGUGAAUGGGGAGGAGUGUGUGCUGGCUGCCGACCCUGAAGACAGACUAAGUCCAAGUCCAUGGCAAGAGAAGAGAGGCGAGAUUGUCUCUUCCGAGGAUGCCGUGACCCCCUCUGCAGUGACCCCGUCAGCUUCCUCCGCCUCUUCUCGGCCGUUUAUCCCAGUGACAGAUGACCCCGGAGCUGCCAGCAUCAUUGCAGAAACCAUGACCAAAACCAAAGAGGGUGUUGAAAGCCAGAGCAAAGCCUCAGGCCCGGAGCCGCAGUCCUUGGAUGAAUUCACCAGCCUGCUGGUCUCUGACGACACCCGUGUCCUGGUGGACCUGCUCAAGCUGUCCGUGUGCGGCCGGGCAGGGGACAAGGGCAGGGAUGUGCUUUCGGCUGUGCUGUCCGGUAUGGGCACCGCCUACCCACAGGUGGCAGAUAUGCUGCUGGAGCUCUGUGUCACUGAGUUGGAAGAUGUAGCCACAGACUCACAGAGCGGCCGUCUGUCCUCUCAGCCGGUGGUGGUGGAGAGUAGCCACCCCUACACGGAUGACACUUCCUCCAGUGGCACAGUGAAGAUACCAGGUGCAGAAGGACUCCGGGUGGAGUUUGACCGGCAGUGCUCAACGGAGAGGCGGCAUGACCCACUCACGGUCAUGGACAGCGUCAACAGGAUCGUCUCUGUGCGCUCAGGCCGAGAGUGGUCCGACUGGUCCAGCGAGCUGCGUAUCCCAGGGGACGAGCUCAAGUGGAAGUUCAUCAGCGAUGGGUCCGUGAACGGGUGGGGCUGGCGCUUCACUGUCUACCCCAUCAUGCCGGCUGCAGGCCCUAAAGACCUUCUUUCCGAUCGAUGUGUCCUCUCCUGUCCAUCCAUGGACUUGGUGACAUGUCUGCUGGACUUUCGGCUUAACCUCGCCUCCAACAGAAGCAUCGUCCCCCGGCUGGCAGCGUCACUGGCAGCGUGCGCACAGCUGAGCGCCUUAGCUGCCAGCCAUAGAAUGUGGGCCCUUCAAAGACUGAGGAAGCUGCUUACAACUGAAUUUGGGCAAUCGAUCAACAUACACCGGCUCCUGGGAGACAAUGACGGGGACACCAGGGCCUUGAGUUUUACUGGCAGUGCUCUGGCUGCUCUGGUGAAAGGCCUCCCGGAAGCGCUGCAGAGGCAGUUUGAGUAUGAAGACCCCAUUGUGCGGGGUGGCAAGCAGCUGCUGCACAGCCCGUUUUUCAAGGUCCUGGUGGCCCUUGCUUGUGACCUGGAACUGGACACCUUGCCCUGCUGUGCUGAGACGCAUAAGUGGGCUUGGUUCCGGAGGUACUGCAUGGCCUCCCGCGUCGCCGUGGCCCUGGACAGAAGGACCCCAUUGCCCCGUGCAUUUCUCGACGAGGUGGCCAAGAAGGUCCGGGAGCUCAUGGCAGACAGUGAAAGCAUGGACGUCCUCCACGAGAGCCACGACGUUUUCAAGAGAGAGCAGGACGAGCAGCUUGUGCAGUGGAUGAACAGGCGCCCGGAUGACUGGACUCUUUCUGCUGGCGGCAGCGGCACCAUCUAUGGAUGGGGACACAAUCACAGGGGGCAGCUUGGGGGCAUCGAAGGAGCCAAGGUCAAAGUCCCCACUCCAUGUGAGGCCCUGGCGACUCUCAGACCCGUGCAGUUAAUUGGAGGGGAGCAGACUCUCUUUGCUGUGACCGCCGAUGGGAAGCUGUAUGCCACUGGGUAUGGUGCAGGCGGCCGACUGGGAAUUGGGGGGACUGAGUCGGUGUCCACCCCUACGUUACUGGAGUCCAUCCAGCACGUGUUCAUCAGGAAGGUGGCCGUGAACUCAGGCGGGAAGCACUGCCUUGCCCUGUCUUCGGAAGGAGAGGUUUACUCUUGGGGUGAGGCGGAAGAUGGGAAGCUGGGGCAUGGCAACAGAAGGUAUGAUGAGAACACGCAUGUUCUGUGUUGGUUUGUUAGUCUUGUGCUGUCUAGUGUGUUGGCUCUUGGUUUUUCAGAAGAACACUUAGUGGAGGUACUGCAAGGCCACCGGGUGGUCGACAUUGCCUGUGGCAGUGGGGAUGCCCAGACACUGUGCCUUACAGACGACGACACCGUGUGGUCCUGGGGUGACGGGGACUAUGGCAAGCUCGGCCGGGGCGGCAGCGACGGCUGUAAAGUGCCCAUGAAGAUUGACUCCCUCAUGGGCCUCGGCGUGGUGAAGGUGGAAUGUGGGUCCCAGUUCUCUGUCGCCCUUACCAAGUCUGGCACUGUUUACACCUGGGGCAAAGGCGACUAUCACAGGCUGGGCCAUGGAUCCGAUGACCACGUGAGAAGACCUCGGCAGGUGCAGGGGCUGCAGGGGAAGAAAGUUACUGCCAUUGCCACUGGCUCCCUGCACUGUGUGUGCUGCACAGAGGAUGGUGAAGUUUAUACAUGGGGCGACAAUGAUGAAGGACAGCUGGGAGACGGAACAACAAAUGCCAUCCAGAGGCCCCGGUUGGUAGCCGCCCUGCAGGGUAAGAAGGUCAACCGAGUGGCCUGUGGCUCAGCACACACUCUCGCCUGGUCGACCAGCAAGCCUGCCAGUGCCGGGAAGCUGCCCAUGCAGGUCCCCAUGGAGUACAACCACCUGCAGGACACCCCGGUGGUGGCCCUACGGAACCGGCUAUUGCUGCUGCACCACGUCUCUGAGCUCUUCUGCCCCUGCAUCCCCAUGUUUGACCUGGAGGGCGCCCUGGACGAUGCAGGGCUCGGGCCGUCCGUGGGCUUCCACGCUCUGCGCGGGAUCCUGAUAUCGCAGGGGAAGGAGGUGGCUUUCCGAAAAGUAGUACAAGCAACAAUGGUGCGAGACCGACAGCAUGGCCCUGUGGUGGAGCUGAACCGGAUCCAGGUCAAACGUUCAAGGAGCAAAGGCGGCCUAGCAGGCCCCGAUGGGACCAAGUCUGUCUUUGGGCAGAUGUGCGCCAAGAUGAGCUCAUUUAGUCCCGACAGCCUGCUCCUGCCUCACCGUGUCUGGAAGGUCAAGUUUGUGGGGGAGUCCGUGGACGACUGUGGUGGCGGCUACAGCGAGUCCAUCGCCGAGAUCUGUGAGGAGCUGCAGAACGGACUCACCCCCCUUCUGAUCGUCACACCCAACGGGAGGGACGAGUCGGGGGCCAACCGUGACUGCUACCUAUUCAGCCCCGCUGCCCGGGCGCCCGUGCACACCAACAUGUUUCGCUUCCUCGGUGUGUUGCUGGGCAUUGCCAUCCGCACCGGGAGUCCCCUGAGCCUCAGCCUGGCCGAGCCCGUCUGGAAGCAGCUGGCUGGCAUGAGCCUCACCAUUGCUGACCUCAGCGAGGUGGACAAAGACUUCAUCCCUGGGCUCAUGUACAUCCGUGACAAUGAGGCCACUUCAGAGGAGUUCGAGGCCAUGAGCCUGCCCUUCACAGUGCCCAGCGCCAGUGGCCAGGACAUCCAGCUGAGCUCCAAGUACACGCACAUCACACUGGACAACCGGGCCGAGUACGUCCGGCUGGCCAUAAACUACAGACUCCAUGAAUUUGAUGAGCAAGUGGCUGCCGUUCGCGAGGGAAUGGCCCGAGUCGUGCCUGUCCCCCUGCUUUCUUUGUUCACUGGAUACGAGUUGGAGACAAUGGUGUGCGGCAGCCCGGACAUCCCUCUGCACCUGCUGAAGUCGGUGGCCACGUAUAAGGGGACCGAGCCGGGCGCGCCCCUGGUGCAGUGGUUCUGGGAGGUGAUGGAGACACUGUCCACCAGCGAGCGCUCCCUCUUCCUGCGCUUCGUGUGGGGUCGCACACGGCUGCCCAGGACCAUCGCUGACUUCCGCGGCCGUGACUUCGUCAUCCAGGUGCUGGACAAGUACAGCCCCCCCGACCACUUCCUGCCUGAGUCCUACACCUGCUUCUUCCUGCUGAAGCUGCCCCGGUACAGCUGCAAGCAGGUUCUUGCACAGAAGCUCAAGUAUGCCAUCCACUUCUGCAAGUCCAUCGACACGGACGACUACGCCCGUGUGGCCCUCACGGGCGGGCCGGCCACCGGUGGCAGCAGUGACAGCUCAGACAACGAGGACGUGGACUCCUUUGCUUCUGACUCCACACAGGACUACCUGACGGGACACUGAGAUGGCCAGGCGUGGGGACAGUGUCCCCACACGCCCGGGCGGUCAGCAUGAGGAUGGUGCCCCUACAACGCCUGGGCGGUCAGCAUGGGGAUGGUGCCCCUACUCGCCCAGGCAGUCAGCGUGGGGACGGUGCUCCUACACACCCAGGCGGUCGGCAUGGGGCCAGUGCCCCUCCAUGCCCAGGCACGGGGACUGCUGGCUCGGGGUUGGCGUGCUGACCCGAUAAUGUCAGACGUCAGCCUUGUGCGUGGGCAUGGUGUGGACACUGACACUUCUGACUUAAAAGGGUCCCCACGCGGGAUGGUGCGUCACACGCAGGACUUCAUGCUCACUGGCAUGUGUGCGUGUUGCCGUGAACGCUGACAGGCGGGGUCCCAGGGUGAGCUAAGAGCCUCCCAUGUGGCUGCCGUUUGUGCCCUCUGCCCAGCCCUCAGGGUGCAUACCAUCUCGACCGCUUGUGGGACACUGUGUGACAGUGAGACCGUACUAUAAAUACUUCAGCCGAUUUCACUAUGAAUUGGUUCAUAAAAAGUCUUCAAACACAAAGCGAUGGGUGUUGCUUGAAUGCACCCAGGUUUGGCCGUCGGUGUUCCUCGCGGUGCACGUGUUAACGUGUGGGGCGUGUCACAGAUCCAGGGUGCUCUGUCAGCAGCCAUAGCCCCUGUCAUGGAAAGUGGACUCUAACUAAUGUCUGUGUCAUGUAUGCGCCUAAAUUUUAACUCCCAUUAAAUAAAACAUCUGCCACAGCUGUCA